AAGGAUGUAGAGGUAUUAAUGUUAGUGAGCGGGAAUUAUAAAUUAUCUGGAUUUGAAACAGGAAACCAGUUUGAUAAAUCUUUGCGGUAUCAAUGCGGUAUUGGAAUUCUAACGAGAGCAGGAUAUUAAACUGGCAUUAGAGAAUGAGUUCAACACUAUUGAAACUACAUCGCAGAAGCAGGUGGUAAGUUUACUGCGUCUCCCCGUUGAAAAAAAAACCUUCAAGAUAGCGAAAAUGAAAAUCGCCGGCACUUUAGCUACCCUGUUGCUGUUGUCGACUUUGGGAUGCUUCUCGGGGGCCCAUUGGGUAAGUGGCCAACACCAUGAAAGUGAUCCUUGCGAAGCCGUCGUCAUGAUGUCCAGUCCGUCCAAAGAUGUGGUUGGUUUCCUCGCUCUAACUCAAAUGAAAUACGGCGUCAAGUUGGUCGGUUGGCUCAUGGGUUUGAAGCCGGGCAGGCACGGAAUGCACGUCCAUUCUUUCGGCGACGUGAAAACCGAUGGCUGCACUUCGACCGGAUCUCAUUACAAUCCGCACAACGCGACGCACGGUGGGCCCUAUAGCGCACCUUACAUGCGGCACGUCGGUGAUUUGGGAAAUGUCGUUGCAAACGAACAGGGGAUUGCCGUCGUCAAUAUCUUUGACAGGGUCAUUUCUCUCAUCGGACCUCUAUCCAUCGACGGACGAGCCAUUGUCGUUCACGCCCAAGAGGACAAUUUAACACCAAACGCCAAUCCUGGCUCCCGAGUUGGCUGUGGUACCAUCGUAAAAAUUACCAAGACUAAAAAAUAUCAUUGAAAAUCAAUUAACAAGUUAUAACUGAUAUACUACUUGAAUUUCUGCCUUUCUUUUGUCUCUUAAUCCCCAUUUUUUUUUCAAUGUUUUUGAAUUAUUUGUCAAUACAAUGUAGGAAUUCUUCCCUGGCAAA